AACAACGACACCCCAUGAGUAAAUAACGAAUGCCCUCCUCCUCCUUCUGUUCGCCCAUGAUAACGGGUUUCUUGAGCCGCACUACUAUGCCGAACAAAUAAUGUGGGUUUUAUCCUAAUUAAUCUGGCGUGUAUUCUACAUGUCUGGCAGAAAGCGGGAUAUUUCCUCGUCGUCUAUUUCUAGGCAUUAGAUCCACAGUUGCAGUAAAACGCCACCAUGAAGAAGGUACAAGUUGUCGUAGUUGGAGCAGGUGUGGUUGGGAUGUCUACAGCAGUGUGUAUAGCUGAGGCUUUGCCCUUCUGCACCGUCACCGUACUGGCAGAGAGGUUCUCUCCUAACACCACCAGUGAUGUAGCUGCUGGGAUCCUUCUGCCCAAGGAGAUUCCAGAUAUUCCUCUGGAACGUCAGCUGCGUUGGUUUAAAGGCACAUUCGAUCAUCUGCUGGCAAUUACUGCAUCACCACAGGCCUCAGAAGCAGGAGUACUCCUGAGCUCAGGAUACCAGUUAUUCAAAGAUGUCCCCAUAAGCACAAAACCAUACUGGGCCGAUAGUGUGUUUGGAUUUCGGAUUUUGACAGACCGUGAGAUGGAGAGAUUCCCGAAUUAUAAGUUUGGUCAAGCUGUGACCACUUUGAAGUGUGAAAGCCUCAGAUAUCUGCCAUGGUUGGAGAAAAGGUUGACAAAAGCAGGAGGUCAGAUGAAACAAGAGAAAGUGACUGACCUUCAGCAACUUGCUCGUAACUAUGACGUCAUCGUCAACUGCUCAGGCCUUGGCUCUCGUUCUUUGGUGGACGAUGAUCAGGUUUACCCAGUACGUGGCCAGAUCAUUAAAGUUCAUGCUCCCUGGCUGAAACAUUUCAUUCGUGAUGGAAAUGGAAAUGCCUACAUCUACCCUGGCAUUGACUAUGUCACUCUGGGUGGCACACAACAGGUGAAUAAAUGGCAUUUGGAGGUGGAUAAGGAUGACAGCAAGGGCAUCAUGGAGCGCUGCAGUGAGUUUGUACCUUCUCUGAGGUCUGCUCAGGUGCUAGGAGAAAAAGUGGGCCUGAGGCCUGGCAGGAGAAACCUGCGUCUGGAGAGAGAAUGGCUACAGGUUCAGGACCGCAAGGUGCCACUGGUGCACAACUAUGGCCAUUCCUCCUGGGGCGUCUCUCUGAGCUGGGGCACUGCACUGGAGGCAUUGGACUUGGUCAGAAAAAGCCUGCACGAGAAACCACCUCGUGCCAGACUGUGAAUGAAAAGAAAUCAUAUAGAUAUACUAGUUACAAAAGCCCUGAGGGGAAAAAACAUUUCAUUGCAUUUAGUUUGGACAGCAUUGUGCAUUUGUGUUACAUUUUUGCAGAAACCUUAGAGAAUGACAAAUAACUAAAAUCUGCUUUGAAACAGCCUUUCAUUCAUUAAUUCAGUCAUUCAUGUACACUACCCGUUGACAUUAUGAAAUAUCUGUGGAUGCCAUGAAUUUUCAGUUGAGUAACUUUAAUUUACCACAGACAAGAUAUAUUAUAUUAAAAACACUACCACAAGGUGGCUUAUGUGCGCAUCAAGUGUAGCUUAUUUUAAUAAACACACUUCUUGAUUAACUAAAACUUUUUCAUAUCUGAUAUUGUCAUUUGAAGAGAGUACACUUCUUUUACUUUUGGGUAAAAUAAAAGCAUGUUGGAAAUGAAAGAAAGGAGAGUGCAAGAAAGAUGCAUACACUAAAAAAGAAGAACAGGGAACUGGACAAGAAGGGGGCAACAGAGGGCAGAAAUGGAAAUCGUUUCACUGAUGCUGAUUGAGUGGUUAAGAAAAACGUUUUUUAAGGAGAGAGAGAACAAAACGAUGUUGUGGCAAAAGACAAGUAUAAGAUGGAACUAUGUCAAGAGGAGAAAGAUGAUUUACUUAGAGAAACCAUUUCCCAAGUCGACGUUGAGCCAACAUGUGAGAAUGUAUGGUUACAUAAAGCACACAUAUUACAAAUGGACAGAUUAAAGGAGAGAUAAAGAGAGGCAUUCUUUCACAAUAUAUAAUUUCCACUGGCAAGGACAGAAUGAUUGUGUGCGCCUUUGUGGUGUACAGACCCGGUCUCAGGAUCCACUCUAGAGGGAAUUCCUAACAUCAAGGCUCUUUAACACUGCAUGCAUUCAGUCUGUGUAUGCUCUAGCAUACAUAUUCCAACAUAAAGCAUCAGUAACAAAUAACCAGACAUCCUUCUGCCUUAUUAAUGGGGGACUUUUUUAGGCCUUGUUUAAACAAUGUGUAAGCAUUGAAACAGCAUUUGACAAAACAUUGGAAGCUUAGCUGAUAGCUUCAGCAGUAUAACUUGUGUACCACUCAUGCUUUGGAACUGGUCUCUCAGCUCACUCACUCAUCUUCUAUACCGCUUUAUCCUGUAUUCAGGGUCGCGGGGAGCCUGGAGCCUAUCCCAGGAGGCUUAGGGCACGAGGCGGGGGACACCCUGGACAGGGUGCCAAUCAAUUGCAGGCCACGCACACACACACACACACACACAUUCACACACUAUGGGCAAUUUGAAAACGCCAAUUAGACUAAUCAACAUGUCUUUUGAGUUUGGGAGGAAACCGCAGUACCCAGAGGAAACCCACCAAGCACGGGGAGAACAUGCAAACUCCAUGCACACAGAGCCGGGAAUCGAGCCUGGCCGGGAAUCGAACACAGACCCUGGAGGUGCAAGGCGACAGUGCUAACCACUUGUGAAAUUAAGUACAUGCAUCUUAUAGAAAAAGAAUGUUAAUACUGAACUAAAGUGUUACUUAUUUGAAGUAUUCAUCUCAUAUUUUGACAAGUUAUCUUAAUUAAGUUCUCCCCAAUGCCUUCAAUUAGAUUGGCAAAUAUUAGUGUUUCAGUUUUUUUCCCCCUGCUACAGUUCAACCUGAAAACUGAAAGAUGUGUUCAGAACACAAAAAAAA